CAAUAGUGUGUACACACUGACAUUACUUUUAAGCAAAAAACUUAACAAUUUAUGUUUGCAUUGUUUUAUUAGUCGAAUUGAAAAAUAAUAUGAGUGCGUCUAUAGAUUUGAGCUCAUAUCGUGAUCAACACUUCAAGGGCUCACGGUCGGAGCAGGAGCGGUCGUUGCGCGACUCCAGUACGCUCUAUGUAGGCAACUUAUCAUUUUACACAACCGAGGAGCAAAUACACGAGCUGUUCUCGCGCUGCGGUGAUGUGCGCAUCAUUGUGAUGGGCUUGGACAAGUAUAAGAAGACACCGUGUGGAUUCUGCUUUGUGGAAUAUUACACGCGAGCUGAAGCAGAAGCUGCCAUGAGAUUCGUGAAUGGUACGCGACUGGACGAUCGACUGAUUCGUGUGGACUGGGACGCGGGAUUCAUAGAGGGCCGACAAUAUGGACGCGGCAAAACCGGCGGACAGGUUCGAGACGAAUAUAGAACAGAUUACGAUGCAGGACGAGGCGGCUAUGGCAAGCUGCUCUCCCAGAAGAUUGCACCCAACACCGACAACCGCUAGAGAUAAAAUUAACACCUCAAUCCAACUAGAUAUUAAACAAAAUCAUUCAUUACGCAUAGUUCA